AUCUUCUUCUCUCGUUAAUAUUUUCGUUGCACAGUUAUUAUUAUUUAUUGCAUAUCUAUAGAGCGCAACGCUAACCGUAUUUUGUCGCCAAGCCAAGCGUAAGUUCGGCAGUUGUAUACUAUAAUCACUAAUAUAACGAGUUUGAACUUCUCGGAAUUGGAGCGGAGUAUACUCGGAGAUUAGAAACUCGAUAGGUUGCAAUAUUUGGACGAGGUGGUCGAACGAAUAAAUUAUCAUGGGAGUCUGAAGAGCAAAUAAAAGAGAUUCGACAAUGGUCUAUUUAGGCCCAUCGCGAGGGUGUGAGACGUGCAAGCGUCGGAGGAAGAAGUGUGAUGAAGCUCGUCCUUCAUGUGCUAGAUGCUUAACAUCGAACCGCACCUGCGUGGGUUAUAGCGACGGGGCCAGCCUUAUUUUCCGGCCCCAAGAGAUCCAGACCGGUAGCCCCUCACAGCUCUCAAGUGCCCGGAAGUGCACCUUACCGAUCCGAAUUCCCUGUCCCAAUACUGGAGUUCUGCCAGAGGAUACUCACCCCAGAGAAUUCUCACAGGAGGAAGCCGAUAAGCGGAUUAUCCAAGCCUUCUUGUAUGAAUACUGCAUCGCCUCAACAAACCACACCCUAUCUCGGGGGUAUCUCGAUGGACUGGAGUCUAUGCUCAGCCAUGCUGGCCAUUAUUCCAGCCUUGCAAUGGCAUGUAGGGCCGUAGCUAAUGCCAAUCAUGGGCGGAAACUGUGCAGACCUAGGCUUAUAGCUCGCGCUGAGGAAGCAUACCAAGAACUGCUUGGGGCGCUGAGGGUUGCAAUAGAGUGCCCGGAUUUUACAGAGACGCCUGAGGCAUUGAUGAUUGCCAUGCUACUUGGGCUUUAUGAGAUUAUAGUCGCUGGCGAAUCCCACGCUGGUAACCACAACACACAUGCUCGGGGCGUAGCCGCGAUCCUAAAAAUCGAAAACUCGCCACUAGACUUAUUUGGCGCCGUGCACUUCAUCAGCUCUAACCAUCCAUCAGCCAAAACGGCAGGCCUUGGGGUAAUCUCCCAACCCACCACCCCACACCCCCUCUCAGCUCUCCUCCACGACUUCAGCCCUCUCUACCACAAGGCCCACAACGUCCUUUCUUCUCCAGCCCCCCUUACCACAGACCUCACCAUAUUAAAAGCAGACGCUAUGUCCCUCUAUAACCAGUUCGCGCACUGGCAAGCUACGCAACCUGAUAUUCUCAAACCUCACCUACUAGGCCACAUUCCCGCGCUUUGUCAUGGAUCAGCUGCACAAGCUGGCGCGUGGCCAGGGAGGGUAGAAACUUACUUCGACCACUACAUAGCAGGUGUAUGGAAUACCUCGCGCGCUGCAAGGCUGCUCCUACUGGACCUUAUUCUCGCCCUCUCCGACGCACUCAAUGACGGAGAAGACCACGUCCGCGAGCGCACUGAGGCGGCACGACUGAUCGACGAUAUCGCGGCGAGUAUACCGUACCACUUGACUGAUGACCUGAGGUCCUUUGUCGACGGAGGCGCAGACCGGGAAUUAAAACCAGGGAGAGCAGUGGGUGGGCUACUGCUGAUGCAUCCUCUCUUUGUGGCGUCGAGGGUGGGGACUGUUGGAGAGGAGAUGCGGGAGUACUUACAGGAGUGCUUGAUGUGGAUUGCAAGGAAUAUGGGGAUUGGACAAGCGGCGAGGUUUGCGAAGGGGACGGAUAUUGAUACGCAGUAUUUUGCGGAUGGGUGCAUGAUUGUAUGGACAGGGAUGCUGGUUUAAUUUAAGCACAUGUUGCGGGAUGUCAAAAGGGUGUUCAUAAUUUUCAUAUCCAAAAGUGCCCACUCUAAGAGAAGGAAUUUUUCCCUAUCAACAGGCCCUAGUCCUACCACUUCACCACCACCGCCUCAACACCCUGGACAUUAAUCCCCGAAAUAUCAACCUUCCCCUGCCCACUCCCUCCAGCAGCCCAACUAACACUCAGCACCACCUUCUCACCUGGCC